UACGACACCAUAUAUGAGUACAUGUUAACACAAAAAUGCAUCAAAAACUACAGAUUUUUUCAAUAUUUUUUAUAUUUCUUUCAUGUACAAUAAAUCAUUCUACUAGUCGUGAUAAUUUAAAAGAACCAACUAUUUUUAUUGCAGUCCUAGUAAGAAAUAAAGCUCAUACUCUCCCGUAUUUUCUUACUUUUCUUGAGAGGUUAGAAUAUCCAAAACAUCGUAUCAGUUUGUGGAUUCAAAGUGACAACAAUAUUGAUAAUUCUAUAGAAAUUUUAAAAGUUUGGUUAAAACAACAUCAAUCCAAAUAUCAUUCCAUAAACACUAUCCUUGAUGAAACAUCAACCGGUUUAGAAAGCGAAGAAGGAGUAGCUAGCUGGCCAAUAGCUAGAUUUAAUCAUAUAAUUGAAUUACGGGAAAAUAUACUCAAUUAUGCUAGAAAAAUAUGGGCGGAUUAUUUACUGAUGCUUGAUGCAGAUGUAUUUUUAACAAAUUCAAACGUCUUACGACUUCUUAUAUCAAAGAAUAGCACUGUAGUUGCUCCAUUAUUAAAAUCCGAUGGUUUAUACAGUAAUUUUUGGGCUGGCAUGACGUCUGAUUAUUACUAUAAAAGGACAGAUAAAUAUAUCCCAAUUUUACAUAAUGAACAACCAGGAUGUUAUAAUGUGCCAAUGAUUCAUAGUGCCGUAUUGAUUGAUCUUAACAAGGAAAAUUCGGAUUACUUGACAUAUAAUUCAGAUAAUCUUGACAAUUAUGAUGGGCCACGUGAUGAUAUCAUUACAUUUGCCUUAUCAGCUAAUAGAUCUAAUAUACCAUUACAUAUAUGCAAUGAUCAAGUUUAUGGAUUUAUUAUGGUUCCAUUGGACAAUGAUGACACUCUAGAACACGAUUAUCAACAAUUAAUUAAUUUGAAAGUCGAAAUGCUGUCAUACAAUGAUUUUUAUGAAAUUCCUAUUUCAAAUACUUUAAAAACAUUUGUUAAAUUACCGAAAAAAGAUCGUAUAGGAAUGGAUAAAAUUUAUUUAAUUAAUUUACGAAGAAGACCUGAAAGACGUCAAAGAAUGUAUCGUUGUUUUGAUGAACUUGGACUUGAAGUUGAAACUAUUGAUGCAGUUGAUGGAAAAACCUUGAAUGAAAGCAUCUUAAAGCAAUGGAAUAUAAAUAUGAUGCCAGAAUACACGGAUCCUUAUCAUAAAAGACCUAUGAAAAUGGGUGAAAUUGGCUGUUUUCUAAGUCACUAUAUUGUUUGGAACAAGGCUAUAGAAAACGAUUAUGAAAAAAUUAUGGUGCUGGAAGAUGAUGUAAAAUUUGAACCGUUUUUUAAAAAUAAAGUAAACUUUAUUAUGGAUGAGUUAAAAGCUCUCAAAAUAGAUUGGGAUUUAAUUUAUUUAGGACGAAAACGAAUGCAAGAAAAUGAAGAGCCUUUCGUUAAUGGUUCUAAUUAUUUAGUUUAUGCAGGAUACAGCUAUUGGACUUUAGGAUAUAUUUUAUCUGGUAAAGGUGCACAAAAAUUAUUAGAUGCCAAACCAUUAAACUCUUUGGUUCCUGUUGAUGAAUAUCUACCAAUUCUUUUUGACAAACAUCCAAAAAUCAAUUGGAAAAAUCACUUUCCUAAAAGAGAUUUAAUAGCUCUAUCUACAGUUCCUUUAAUUAUUUAUCCUACACACUAUACUGGAGAAAAUGGAUACAUCAGUGAUACUGAAAAUUCUAAUAUUAUCACAGCUGAGGAGGUUAUAUCAAAUAUCAAUCAAAAAAUUGAUCUGUGAAAAAUAA